AACCCUGACCUUGUUGGAAUCAAAUCUAUUAAGCCUGGACUGUGCGCUUGCAUGCAUGAUCCAUCUUUGGUCUGUCCCAUCGGCCCGAUGGUUAAAUGACCGUGUCCACUUGGACGCUCCUGCAGGACAGCAUACCGUGCACCCUUCCUCUCUGGAAUUUCCGACACUGCGUAGCUGACCGGCGACCCCUUCCACACUUAGCAACGGGUCAGGGCCUGCUCCGCUCAUCGGACCUCUUCUCCGGACGUAGGAGGAACAAGGACGACAGGCCAGCCACCACCAGUAAUGCGAGCGCAUCAUCCCGAUGUCCUCGACGCUGGCACUAGCGGCGGGGCGGGACCUGUCCACCAUCGGGCUGUCCGCCUGGCCCGGACGACCCCCGAGCCCUCGAGUGAUCCAGUUCUCUCUCCAUCGCGUGUAUGGACUAUGGAGACCACACUCAUAGCCCACCGUCAGGCACAUGGCUGGCCACCCGUCCAUGCUGCUAGCCUGCGACACGAGACCGUCCAAUUUAAGGUUGCUGUCUUCUUGCGGACACGGUGGACUCGAGCAGCCGUGUUGGCCACCCCUCUGGAGGCAGGUUUCCGGGGAGGCCAGCCGACGGCCAGCCCGCGGACAAGGUGUCGUCGGACCAACUCUCCACCCUCAUCUCGCAAAAUGGAGAAUUGA